GCACUUUCAGGGGAGAGAAGUAGAGCAUUCGUUGGCUUCCCAUCCCAAUUACCCUGCUGACCAGUCUGGGUGUUAAGGUUCAAACUGGGACUCGAGGAUCAGCGCCACCGUCUCGGUAGGCAUCGAGUCCGCCACCCGUGGUCCGAUCAUCUUUCCGGCCUACAUCCCGUACGACGCAUACUUUGUCGGUCGGAAAGGGUUGAUGAGGGACAUUCAGGGACAUCUUUCAGUUUCGGCUGACCAUCUGAAGACCGAGUGGCCUCCGUGCGUGGGUUUGGUAGGGCCACCGGGCAUUGGGAAAACAAGCCUUGCAAAACGGAUUUUUCAGUUGACGAAGGACCGUUACGAUUACGCUUUCUUCCUGUCCGCUGGCUCAGAGCCGAAGCUCCUUCAGGAGUUCAAAGACGUCUUCCGUCUCUUGAAUAUAGGAGGCGGCGAAACACCUGAGGACACUCGGCAAAUCCGAGACCUAGUCGUCGAUCAUCUGGCCAACACCCACAGGCGCUGGCUUCUCAUCUUCGAUAACGCAGACGAGCCAACAUUACUGUGUUCUUCGUCGCCGCACAAGGGAAAGGGUUCGAUCCUGGUGACAAGCCGCAACAAUCACAUCUGCCAAAGCAUAUCCAAAAAUGCUCAGACCUUCUCAAUCCCUCCCCUCACGGACAAACAGGGCGAAGAGCUCCUUCUGACAAGGCUCACCUCGUCCAACCACAAAGAUGAGCUAAAUCGCUCCGUAUGUAGAGAACUGGCCAGACACUACCACUGCUAUCCCCUGGUCUUGAGGCAGUUGGGCGCCUACAUGAAAUACACCCAUACUAGUGCACAAGAGAUGUUGGAUCUGGUGGACAAGACUUCAGAUACAGAUGGAAAGGUAUACUCGUACAUGGACAGAGACAACACGUAUGAAAGCAGCCUCCAAGCUGCCUGGAGUGCUGUCAUGUCAAGCCUUCCAGCCGACUCUGUCAGGCUGUUGAACAUUUUGUGUCUCUUCGAUCCGGAUAGAAUUCCAGCGCAGUUGUUCCCUCAAAAGCUCCCACAGAUGCCAGACGUCGGGUUUCUCACGGACGCCUUUGAGUACCGAGCAGCGAGAGGACCCCUCCUCAGUUACGACAUAAUCACCAUGGCCGACAAUAGCGUUAUGUCUAUUCAUCGAUUCGUCCAGAAAACACGACUGAAGCUCAUCUCAGAUGCAGAGAGGAAACAGGCGUUCGACGUGGCGCUGUCUACUCUAAAGAUCUGUUUUCCGAGCCAAACCCUGGGAAACCACAUGCACAACGUCUGGGACGCUUGCGAGGCUUUCCUCGUACACGUACUGGCCUUCGACAAGGCAGUUCGAGACUGGCAGCCAGCCCUCGGAGACAAUGCGGCUUAUAUCAACAUGAUGUGCGACUGUACAUGGUAUCUCUGGGAAAUUGGGCAGUACGACGAAGCGCUCAGGCUCCUCGAGCAGAUCGAGGGCAUCUGCAGCGAGACCAUUGGUCUUCACACCCUUGAAGGCGCCCGGAUCUACGUCAACCGCGGCAGUGUCUUCUCGACGCUCAACCGUUAUGAGGAGGCGGGAAAGUUAUUCGAAGAGGGACUGCGGAUCCGCAGUGAGCUUCUCCCGAAAGAUGACCCCUUGCUUGCGAACAGUUACAUGCAGAUGGGGAACUACUACACCUCUCAGGGGCAAAUCGACAACGCCGUCCGGGCACACAAGCAGGCUAUUGGAAUCAGGGCCAAGUCUUCCGAAACGCCCAAGGGCAUUAUGAUCAUCUCGCACUUCAACAUCUGCCGCAGUUUGCUGAUGGGUGGCAGGCUCGACGAGGCAGAGGCCUACUUGAGAAAAGCGGAGGAACUGGAACCGCGACUGGACCAAGGACGAGAAGUGCUAUAUUACAGGAGCCAUCGGCUCUACAUUCUCGGAAACAUCAUGGCGGCUCGUGGAAAUGUCAAAAGCGCACACACCAUCCACGUCGAAUGUUACAAUAUACGGGUCCAGGCAGGCAGCACACAGUAUACGGUUGCCGCAUCAUUGCACAAGAUUGGCACGCUGCUUGAGAGACUGGGUGAGCGGGAAGAGGCAAAAACGUCGUUCCGCGAGGCCGUUACUCUCCUCGAAUCUGUCCUCGGAACAGCGAAGGCCAAGCACGCACGGCUUGCCCGGACAGAAAUCAAGCUCGCCGAGCUAUCCAGCAAACAAGAAGCAACGUCAUGGCGAGCGCGAGCAUACCAGCACUACUGCGACGCCUUCGGCCUCAAGGCCCCAGCUGAAGAAGACUACUGGUCCCAGGUCGACUUCGACGCCCUGGUGCCCCCGAUUGACCGCUAGCGCAAUGGAUGGAUAGAUUGAUACCCCCCCAAAAAAAUUCGCGUUUAUGAUAUCGCAUUGCAGCAUCUCAUUGACCACCAAUAUCAUGCAUUAAUGUGAGGCCGAGAUGGAGAAUGUGAGACGUAGAAACUGCCUAGUAUCACUCUCAAAACAUUAAGGA